GCAGCGCUGUGGUGGAAUGCAUCGACACUCGCACUUCCCUGAACAAGUUUAACUGAAAAGUUAAGUUUUGAGAGCCAAUAAAACUUCACAAAAGCUCCAGGAAAACAUCGACAGACGUCGAACAAACACAAAGGCUGACCGAGCAUGGCCUCUCAGACAGCCUUUAGUCUCUGCAUGGAUGUCUUUGUGACCUCUGAUGGUGCUUCGCUGCCUGAAGAAUCUGAAGUAAAUGCAAUUCCCGGUUCAGAGCUUCCUGCGCCUCAGCUUGUCAUGCUGGCUAACGUGGCGCUGCACACAGAUUCCCCUCCAGAGGAGGAGAAGCAGAUGGCAGAACUGAAAAACGUCGGCUGCUGUGGCUACUCUGACAGCGAGGACGAGAACGAGCUCCUCUACAGCUUCGAAGAGACAACUGAAAAUGUGGAUGAUGAGAGCAGUUUGGGAGAAAACAGCAUAGAAGAAGAUGUCGGAAAUGUUGAGACAGUGCCAACUGACCUGUCAAAGAAAUCUUCAUCAGCAAAAUCUCAAUUUGCUGCGACAAAUUCACUAAUCAAACCUACCAAGAAAAAGAAGAAGCCGUUCUUCUGCAAGCCGUGCCACUUUCAAGCUGAGUGCGAAGAGGAAUUCGUCCAGCACAUCCGCGUCCACAGUGCAAAGAAACUGAUUGCAGAAAAGGCAGGCGGGGGAAAUUCAGAUGACGAAUCAAAUCAGGCACAGCAAAAAUCAGCAGAAAACUGUGUCAAGGGUGUGAUCUGCUGUGAGCGCUGUGGCUACAACACCAACCGCUACGAUCAUUAUGUUGCACACCUGAGGCACCACAAGAAUGAAGGGGAUGAGCAGCAAGUGUUCAGGUGCACCAUCUGCCCCUACUCCACUGUCAGCCAAUAUCACUGGAAGAAGCACCUGAGGAACCAUUUUCCCAGCAAGCUAUUCACGUGUGACCAGUGCAGCUACUUCUCUGACAGAAAGAACAACUACAUCCAGCACAUUCGCACACACACCGGCGAGCGUCCUUUCCAGUGUGUUUACUGUGACUAUUCAAGCUCUCAGAAGACCCAUCUUACACGGCACAUGAGAACACACUCUGGUGAGCGACCGUUCAAAUGUGACAGCUGCAGCUAUUUGGCAGCCAAUCAACACGAGGUGACGCGUCACGCCAGGCAAGUGCAUAACGGACCAAAACCGCUCAACUGUCCCUUCUGCCAGUACAAAACAGCUGACCGCAGCAACUUCAAAAAGCACGUAGAGCUGCACGUCAAUCCACGGCAGUUCCUUUGUCCUGUGUGCAAGUAUGCUGCAUCCAAGAAAUGCAAUCUGCAGUACCACAUCAAGUCCAGGCACCCAGGAUGCUCAGAUAUCUCUAUGGACGUGUCCAAGGUGAGGCUGAGGGUGAAGAAGGCAGACGGAGAUGAUUUCAAGCCACCACCAGAACCAAGGAUGAGGAUGAGACAAAAAGCAGAUGUAUCUGAGGAUGUCGAGUCAAGUGCAGGCCCCAUCAAUCUCUCCAUUAAAAAGAGUGGAAAGGUGAAUCUGGAUGGUGAGAGUGGCAAAAAGCCUGCAUCCGAACAUGUGAAAGAAAAAUUGUGCGAGAAGAGAGCAGAGAAAAGAGGUGCACCAAGACAUGAAGGAAAAGAAACAAAUAGCAAGAAAUUAAAAAUCAAAGUACCUACCCCUUCUACUGAGAGACAAGAUGGAAAGAAAGAUAGGGAGGUAAAAAAAUCAGAGAAGGCUGCUAAAUCUGCAGACAAAGUUGCCAAAAGUCGUGUUAAAAAAGAAGAAAAGAAAAAGACACUCGCUAAAAUUCAGGGUCAUUCUGAGGAGGUCGAAAGAGUAGAUCUCGAGAAGAGGCAGCAGAAUAAAAGGAUGGAGAAGAAGAGAGAGGAAGAGGAAAGAAGGGAAAGAAAGAGGCAGGAGGACCAAAUGCUGGAGAGAGCGAAGAAAGAAAAAGCACAGAAGCAGAUGGAGGAGGAGGAGAAAAGGAGAGCAAAAGAGCAACAGGAGAAUGAAAGACUUGAGCAAGAAACAAGGGAGAAGGAGCAGGAUGAAAGAAGAGAAAAGGCGAAGGCGGAGAAAAAAAUGAGGGAGAAGGCGAAAAAGGUGGAGGAGGAACGAAGGGAAAGAGAGAGGGUAGAGAGAGAAGUGAAGGCGAAAGAGAUGAAGCAGCAGAAGGAGGAGGAGGAAAGAAGAGAAAGUGAAAAAGUGGAGAGAGAAAUGAGGGAGAAGGAGUUAAAGCAGAAGGAGGAGGAGGAACGGAUAGAAAAAGAACGUCUGGAGAACGAAAACAACUUCCAGAAAACUGAUGGACAGAAAAGAGAGGUGGAAAAUGGUAAAGGUUCCAAAAAGGCACCAGUCAAGAAAGCAACCAAGAAACAGACAGGAGCAGUGAACUGCAAUGGUAUGGAGUCUCAGGAUUGUGAGCAAGCCAAGCCAAAAAUGGCAAAGCGCAAACUCGCAGAGAAUGUCCCCUCUCGUCAGGCAGAGAAGACCAAACGCAGGAAGGUGAAUGUUGCUAACAACCCACGUAUAAGCAUGAGCACACCUGAACAGGUGAAGAGGCCAAAGGGCAAUGGCAGGCAAAGUAGAAAGACAAACAUAGCAGCAGCUAACCUUGAAGUCCCAAGCACACAUAUGGAGACAGAAAAUGCUCUGGAACUUUCCUCUGACCAUAAAAAAGUGCAGUCCAGCCCAGAUCAAAUCUCAACCGAGAAGCUGUCUCACACUUCUGAGGAGCUGAGCAUAAGCAAAAAUCAAUCUGGGAAGCUGUCUCGAGAAAAUGAAGUCACAAGCGUGAAGGCCAUCACAGAAGGAAAGGGCACAGUGGCAGCACAGCCUUCUUCAGAUAUUGAUAGUGGGACAGAUAGUCCAACACUGGACCUGUCCAAACCACCAUGUAGCAAAUCUCAGGAAGGUGAAGAUGACGAGGGCAUCCACAGCCACGACGGAGGAAGUGACAUCAGUGACUGUGCCUCAGAGGUUAGUUACGACUCCGGGCUCAACGGGAAACUUCCGGAAACACCGACCGAAGAGCUUCCGUCACCCACACAGUUGCUCAGCCACACCUGUGUGUUCUGUGACCGCACAUUUCCACUGGAGAUGGACUACAGGCGGCAUCUCAAUCGUCACCUGGUUAACGUCUAUUACUUGGACGCUGCAACACAGGGGAGCAAGUAGACCCACUCAUUUGGGUCCUUUGAAAGUAGUGAACUGAAUUCCAGAAAUGGGCUAAAGUUUGAGUUGACUCUAGUCUAAGGCUUCAGCGUACUUCUUGGCAGAUGAUGGUUGGAGGAUCUGGCAAACGCCAUGCUUAGGAGACGCUCUUCCACCAAUUAACUCUUUUUCUGUCAUUGGCCUGUCUCAUUGAGCGUUAUUAAACGGAAAUCGUUUGUGUCGUGAAUGCGGUCGAUCAUUUCCGGGCUGAUCGGCAUUUAUCAUCUGUACCCAACUAUGAAGAAAAUCAGCCUUAACAAACAAAACCUUUGUAAAGCUGCACAGAACGUUUUGCUCGUUUUGACCUAUAGAAAAUAUUUGCACAUAACUGUUUUUUUAAAAAGACCUAUAGUUGAGGCCCGUCGUUGGCGUUCCUGAAGAAAGCAGCCUAGUUGUCAGAAAUUCUGGGCAGACCUUAUUUAAGGUUAGCCGUCUUGUAUGGUUGCUUAUUUUAGACAAAUUAGACAAAGAAAAAUCUUGCUGGGUUUAUUCCUCUCAGAAGGUAUUUACAUAAUUUCAUUUAUCACAGAAAAGUUCAGUGAAACAAAACCAUAUCACAAUUUGUGAUAUCAGAACAUGCCUGUAAUCCUUGGGGAAUUUAUCGAGAACUCGAGUACAGGCAUGUGGUUCGUUUUUGGGCCAAAGACUGUUUAUGUCUCUGCUUAUGUCUCUUGCACCUGUUGCCUUAAAGCAAGAGUUUGGCCAAAAAAUGAAAUGUACACACUGUUCACCUUGGACUGCAUACACCACAUACUUGUAGGUAACAUCAGCUUUUUAGCACAACAGACAAACUACAUAUGGGGUUGGGAGGAAACCAUUGAGCUGUAUAUGUAACUCUGGGGUUUUUUUUUUUUUUGUUGAUGCAUCUGACAAUCUUGUUUUGUUUUUUUUGUUUUUUUGUACUUUUUGCUUUGUGUUGUUCCACUUGUCAUCAAAAGGAAUUGGUUCUAACCUUGUGCCACCGAUCAAUUAUGUGCGAAAUGGAUCCAUUCUCCAUUUUCAUGGUCGUCUAUAUCUACAUCUGUGCCAAGUUUUCUUUUAGUUUUUUGUUUUUAAAUGCAUCAAUUUUUUUAAGUGCAAUAUUGGCUACACCAAAGUGGAAAACGUCCCCUGCCCCACAUCAAACUCACUUUUGUACAUAAAAAAAUUAACAUAGAUUAGAUAGAUAGAUUAGAAUUACUAUUACUGUAAAUGAGACUUUACAGAGUAAUCGAGUGCUUUAUAUAGUUCAUGUUUGCAGAUACUAACAUCGGAUCUAUUGAAAAGUCUUUAGAAAGUGUUGUGAUUCCAUGUACUUGUAUGUAACGAUCCAGUAUAUUAAUAAAAAUAUUGCACUCUUAAAUUUGAA